AAGUAAAAACAAAAUAUAAACUUGCUCCGUCUGCAGUUUACUCUCGUCAUUGAUCAUUGGAUGUAUCCAAAAAAUACCCUAAACCAUAAUUUACAUCGAUUCUGAAUCAUUUUUAAUUUCUAUAAUAUCAAGUUUGAUCAUCACUCUUAUACAUUUUAAAUCGCCUAACACGCAUCAUGGAGGCCUCUAUAGAAUUUGAACCGUUCAUGAAGACCGGUUUUAAACUCUUACGUCGCACCAAAGAUUCAAAUUCUGUUAAACAAUUGUUUAAACAUUUCGAAGACUCUAUACAGGAGUUGUACGGUAAUAGUCGGCGACCAACAAACGCUGCCAAAAAAAUACCUGUUCCUACCGCUUUGCUAUCAAAAGAUCUGGGUAUUGGUAUUGAUCCAGUGGAUUUAGAUGACGAGUCGAGCAGUUCGAGUUCUUCUUCCAGUCCAAUAGCAACAACAUCCAAAUCCAUUAUAGAAGUGAACUCUUCUCCGCCACCCACUAUAACAUUGGAACAGGCCAAAUCUGAUCCUGUCAUAAAUAUUGACUCAGAUUCUGAAUCAGAAACAGAAAAGGUAGAACCUUAUUCCUGUUGUACUUGCAAUGAAAGUUUUGUUUUAAUGGGAAACAGUUUGGUAGAAUGUUUAGAAUGCCAUUCUAUGUACCAUCAGAACUGUCAUAACCCACCAAUAAUUGACAUAAACUUAAACGACCCUCGAAUUGUCUGGUACUGUAUCAAUUGUAGACAGAAAGACUCUCAGAAAACUGAUUCGCGUUCAUCGGGAAAAGAAAGCAAGAAAAGCUCUUCCAAAAAUUCUGGAUCUAAAGCGGAAAAAUUAUCCGGUAGUAAAAAUUCACAAGGAGGCAAAUCAAGUUCUAGUAAAUCUAAAUCAUCUUCUGCUAAUAGCAGUCCUAAACAUUACCCUCCCACUUCAAGUACUAUGAUGUCUGUUAUGGAAAAGAGAGUUCAAAUGAUGAAAAAGAAAGCAGCUAAAAAAACUGAGAAAAAGAAAUAAAAACAUAACAUUUGAUAUUAUAUUUAUAGAAAAAAAAAUACUGUACAUUUUUUUUUUUUAAACAUUAUUUUAAUAAAUAACAUUGUUUAUUUAUUUUUUGA